UCAGUCGGUCAAUUAAUAGCAACCACGGUGAAAUGGAAACGGAAUUAUCAUAUUCCCAAUUUCGUUAGUAGCGCGUGUCUUUACCUUCAUAAUCCAAUGGACAAAAUUUACUUCUUCUGGCGAGUGAAUCUACCCCGUCUAUGAGUAAAAGUGGACAUCUUUGAUUCGAUGAUGUGCUUGAUCACACGUAAAGUUUCUCCUUUAAGAAAUUUUCCAUUCUAUUUUAGUUUCAAAUGACAAAUUUCCAUUCUUCUUCAUCUACCUACAGAAAGAGCAAUAUUUUAACCUGAAAACCCUAAUCCUAGUCUGGCAAAUUUGAAGCUUCUGCAGAGAGAAGUGGCAAAAAAAUUAGUGUUUGGAUACAUAUUAUCGGCGAUAGACGAAGUGAGAGAGACAAGAGUAAAAUUAGUGUUAAAAGAGUAAAAAGCAAAUUUGAUAGUUUCUGAUCCAGUUUUCUGCUGUUCUACUGUUCUUUCUCUUCAACAUUUAGGAGUUACCACCAAUUCUAAGUUAGCUAACCCUAAGCUCUACUACAGGCCUCUCAAAACUCCAGAUCCCAGCAUACCCUUUUCUUUAUUCCUUAUAUUUAAUACGGAAACCUUUAUUUGAUAGAAUCCCAUUUCUUCGUUUUACCUCAAAAUCUGAAAUUUAUCCUAAAACGUAGCUUCAGUUUUGAUGAUUCAUUUCUUUGCCAUUUCUCAUCGGAAUCCAAAGGUAUGCUUAAGUCUUCAUUACCCAUAUCCUGACUUCUUCUCUAAACCUCGAAUUCAGCUGAAAAAUUCUGAUUUUGAUUAUAUGCCCCAUUAUUAAAUUGUUUGCCAAUAACGGGAAGAAGAACGACGGGCCGAUUCGACGUUAGUGUUGUUAUGGGAGCAGAGAAAAGAUGGUUUUUCACACUCUUCUCUGCUGCAUUCAUCUCUCUGCUGUUUGUCUUAUUAUACUCAAUCUCUGCUUUCAGCUCCUCAAAACCCUUCCCUUCUGUAGUCCACUAUGGCACCCACCACCCGCCCGCUUUUGCAUACUACAUCUCCGGCGGUCGAGGUGAUGGUAAUCGGAUCUUCCGUCUAUUGCUGGCAGUCUAUCACCCAAGGAACUAUUAUUUAUUGCAUUUGAGUGCUGAUGCGUCUGAUGAGGAGAGAGUGAGACUUGUUGGGGCGAUAAAUGCAGUGCCUGCAAUCAGCUCUUUUGCAAAUGUCGACGUUGUAGGGAAGCCUAAUCGGCUUUCGUAUAUGGGUUCCUCUAGUAUCGCGGCCACGUUGCGUGCUGCUGCCAUUUUGUUGAGGCUGCACUCUGGGUGGAGCUGGUUUGUUGUAUUGAGUGCAUCGGAUUAUCCCUUGUUGACCCAGGAUGACUUGUCCCACGUAUUCUCUUCCGUUAGCAGGGACCUGAAUUUCAUAGAUCACACCAGUGAUCUUGGGUGGAAAGAAUCUCAAAGGAUCCAGCCUAUUGUUGUUGACCCUGGAAUCUAUCUAGCGAGGAGGACCCAAAUUUUUCAGGCUACACAGAAGCGGCCAACUCCUGAUGCUUUCAAAGUAUUCACAGGCUCCGCAUGGGUCAUUUUGAGCAGAUCAUUUCUUGAAUUUUGCAUUCUUGGUUGGAAUAACCUUCCGCGAACCCUGCUCAUGUACUUCAACAAUGUGAUUUUACCUGAAGAAGGCUAUUUCCACUCUGUUGUUUGCAAUGCACCGGAGUUUAAGAACACUACUGUAAACACUGAUCUAAGAUAUAUGAUCUGGGACAAUCCUCCAAAGAUGGAACCUCAUUUUCUGAACAUUUCUGAUUAUGACGGAAUGGUCCAAAGUGGGGCUGCUUUUGCCAGACAGUUCAAAAGGAAUGAUCCUGUGCUGGAGAUGAUUGACGAGAAGAUCCUAAAGCGGGGACAUAACCGAGCUGCUCCAGGUGCAUGGUGCACUGGCCGGAGGCGCUGGUGGAUUGAUCCUUGUUCCCAGUGGGGUGAUGUCAAUGUUGUUAAGCCUGGGCCUCAGGCAAAAAAAUUUGAAAAGACCAUCAAAAACCUUCUCGACCAGUCGAAUUUGCAGAGGAAUGAGUGCCAAUGAAAAGUGUAUAUUAGAGGCUCAUUGUCUGAGGCAAGAUGCAAAACUUUUUGCCCCUGAAUUAUGUUGACAAAUUCAGAACGAUGACCAUAGUCUAGACUUCGAUUCUUUGAUGUUUCCAUUUUUUGGGGCGCUUCACCAAUAUAGGCUAUGGACGUUCAUGGGGGUGGCAGGCAGAGGCAGAGGCAGCGUUAAGAGUUGGAAGGGGAAACUAGUGAAGCCAACUGGGAAUUUUCGAUUGUAUCCUGUGAUGGGGGACUGGUAUUUAUUCUAGAGCCAUCAAUAGUUGCAACCAAUAAGAGGAUGUUCCUCUUCGACACUGCCUUCUAAUGCUCUUGUACGUUGUUGUUCUGUUGUUGUUUAUCGCUGGUCCAACGUUGUAACUCGAUCAUUCAUUUAAUAUUUAAUUUUGCGCUCAAGCGGAUGAAA